AUGAACGGAGGGGGAGGACGACCACUAGACCCACCGUACGCUGGUGCCUACCAAGGCUCCAUUGAUCAAAGGAGCACCACAAUGCGGAGAAUAGCACCUACCGCAUGGGAAGAGACUUCUGUUGAAGAAAUCUCGAUCAAGUCACUGCCAAAGCGACAACCCAGGGAAUAUUCGCUAUUGACAAAAUGCGUAGCCGAAUUCCUCGGUGAUCUUACAUUUGUGUUUGUUGGAACAAUGCAAGGCUUUAAUCGAGGUACAAUGGAUGGUACUGUCCACGCUUCUCUGGCGCAUGGCUUCACGAUAUUCAUCAUGGUUGCCACUCUCGGACAUAUCAGCGGUGGUCACUUCAACCCAGCCGUAACCUGGUCGGUGGCUAUUCUCACCUAUGAUGAAGCGGUGACUGUGCAAAUGGGAGCCACUCUGCUGCUAGAGGGUACCGAUAAUCUUGAUAAUAAUUAUUGGUGGCAGGGACUGAUUGCGGAAACGGUAGUCACCUUCUUCCUCUGUCAUACAAUCCUCAAUACUGCUGUUGAUACCUCAGAUAAUACACUGGCAGCUCUAGCCAUCGGCUUCACCCUAUCCAUUGAUAUUCUUGCCGUUGGUUCCAUCACCGGGGCCUCGAUGAACCCAGCACGCUCUUUUGGACCGAAUGUUGCCGCAUCGAUAAUACUAAACAAGGCUGAUCAAGCUCGCCAUCUAUGGACAUAUCAUUAUAUAUACUGGGCAGGCCCGCUUCUAGGAGCAUCCAUCACAGCUGCCAUAUACAGGCUAUUCGAAGCCCGUGUCGAUCGUCUCGUCAAA